AUGACUGCCAACGAAGUGCACCUACCCCCCAAACCGGCCAACCUCCCCCACCUGGACUACCACACGCCCCGGGGAGUCUCCCCCCUGGAGUCCGUCCGCGCUGCAGGCCUAGAGUACCCGAACUAUACCCCCUUCAAGCUCCCCAAUCUCACCCCCCACCCCUUCUCCGACCGCGGACACCAUGCCGAUCCCUCCAAAUCGCGCCUCCUCUCCGCCGCAACGGAAAUCAUCCACCUCACCCCAGACAUCGGCACCGAGGUCGCAGGCCUGCAACUCGCGGCCCUCACUCCCGCCCAAAAAGAUGACCUGGCGCUACUAGUCGCCGAGCGGGGCGUUGUCUUCUUCCGCGACCAGGACAUGGACGUGCACGAGCAGAUCGCUUUCGCGGCGUAUUUCGGCGAGCUGCACAUCCACCAGAUGGCGGGUAUCAUCCCCGAUCUCCCCUGGGUGCACCCUGUCUACAAGGACCAGACGGCGGUGAAUGGCCGCUCGCAUCAGAUCUGGCACUCGGAUGUGAGUUACGAAUUGCAGCCGCCUGGUCUGACCAUGCUGCGAAUGGAUACCCUGCCUGCCGCCGGUCCGGGGGGGAGUCUAGCCGGGGGUGAUACAAUCUGGGCGAGUGGGUAUGCUUUGUAUGAGUCGCUGUCGCCCAAAUUGAGGGCAUUUCUGGAGACACUCGAGGCGAAGCAUAGCGGGCUGGAGCAGGCGGAGAAGGCGCUGAAGACGAAUGGCUGUCUCCGGCGGGAUCCGAUCGAGACCAUUCAUCCUGUCGUCCGGACGCACCCCGUCACAAAAUGGAAAACGCUGUACGUCAAUGAGAACUUCACCAAGGAGAUCGUCGGUAUCGAGAAGAGGGUCGGUGAUGCGCUGCUGGAUACACUUUACCGGACCAUCGCCGAGGCGUACGAGUAUCAGGUGCGGUGGAAGUGGACGCCGAACGCGGUGGCCAUCUGGGAUAACAGGGUGACGUUCCAUACAGGGAUCUUCGAUUACUUUCCUCACCUGCGGCAUGGAUUGCGCGUUGCGCCACAGGCUGAGAAGCCGUACUUGGAUGGGGAGUCCAAGACACGCAAGGAGGACUUGGAAAGUAGGAUACGUUGA